AUGCCUUGUGCACUUACGUUCUGCCCACGAGGAGUGCCUCUAGCAGAACAGAGGGCAGAGCGAGCCUGGUGGAAACCCUCAACGGAAAAAGUUCUGAGAGUAUGCUUUGAUGUGGAAAAUGGCCCUUCCCCAGGUCGGAGCCCGCUGGACCCCCAGGCCAGCUCUUCCUCUGGGCUGGUGCUUCACGCCACCUUUCCCGGGCACAGCCAGCGCAGAGAGUCCUUUCUCUACAGAUCAGACAGCGACUAUGACUUGUCACCAAAGGCGAUGUCGAGAAACUCGUCGCUUCCGAGCGAGCAACAUGGCGAUGACUUGAUCGUAACGCCUUUUGCCCAGGUCCUCGCCAGCUUGCGAAGUGUGAGAAACAACUUCACUAUCCUGACAAACCUUCAUGGAACAUCCAACAAGAGGUCCCCAGCUGCUAGUCAGCCUCCUGUCUCCAGAGUCAACCUGCAAGGGCCUAGGAUGAAAGACAGACUGGGCGUGCGCAAGUAGAGGGCUCUCUGAGAGCCGGUCUGUGUCAGAUGACUGGAAACGAAGCCCCGCAGAAGCAGGACGUUUGCUGGGUUUCUACAUUAAGCAAGAACUGUCAGGCAGGAUUACGACACUUAUGGACAAAUACGAAUAAAAUCAAUCCUGUUACCAAAGGCUGUGGCCACUCACCAUAAAGGAGAGAUUGGAGGGAAGGAAAAAGAGAAAAAACCAGAAAUACCAAAUUACUUUUUCUUCAGUGUUCUGAAUGUUCUGUGGCCUGAUUUGCGGGAUAAUUGUCUUAAUUUCUCACCUUGAGUGUUCAGGCAGCCUGCACACAAAACCAUAGGGCAAAUGCACUAGAAAAGCCCCAGUAAUUCUGAGAAUAAUUCCCCAAAUGGUUGUUUUGUAAGAAUUGCUUUUGUCUAAAACAGCCCUUUUGUGAAAGUUUACCCCAUAGCAUCAACAUUGAGCUAUUUAUAUUGAUUUGCAAUUAUUUCAUAUAUGUUUACAAUUAAGUCAAAAACAUUGGCAAGUUGACUGAAGUGCGAAUAGUCAAAAUGUUACACUUGAGCAAACGUUGCCAAAAAUAAAGUCCUGCUCAUUAAUAGCUA